AUGCCUGCCUAUCACUCGACUUUUCCUGUAGAUCCCAACACUGACCGAAUGGUAGGGAACUUUGCGCUUCUGCCCUUGAACACCAAGUUUAGAGGCCCUGCAUACCCGAGCAAUUCCGAUUACGAUAUUAUCGAUGAGUGCUUAGACCUAUUUCGCGCCAAUUCCUUUUUCAAGAACUUCGAAAUCAAGUCUCCUGCCGACAGAGUGCUCAUUUAUGGGAUCCUUUUUAUCAAUGAUUGCCUUGCUCAUUUAAAAAUAUCAACGUCCUACAGUGAAGCCGUGAAAGUGUUGACCAACGUGGCCUUGGAUAAUUUUACCUUACCUGGUACCCCUGGGUUCCCCUUAAAUAACGUUUAUCAAGUGCCAGUGCAGGACCACAAUGCAAUUGACCUAUUGAAAACCUAUAUUCAACAGUUCCGUCAAGAACUGGCAAUGAGACUGUUGGAAAGGACCUAUAAGGACUCUAAAGAACAACCUUCGAAGUUUUGGUUGGCCUUUACCAGAAGAAGAUUCAUGAAUAAAACACUAUAA